AUAAGAUAGAAAUAAUGAACUCUUGAGAGUGAAGAGGUAAAGUACUCUGUUAACUACUUCAUCCUUUAUGUUGACAUUAUGUAUAAAGAGAAGUAUUUCUCUGAAGAUACAUUAUUCAUUUAAGACCAUUUGUUUAUAUUUUUCUCACUGUAUAUAAAUUAUUUUUUACCACAACUUGCUCUUCUAAAAACUUAGUCAUCCCAAUUAUUUGUUCAGAGAGAGCCAUUUCUCUAGUAGGAGCUCACAAGUUAAUGAUUCUAUGGGCAUUAUUCCCCAGAGGCAAAGACAUCAUCAUAUUUUUGUGUUGUUUUUUUUUUUCCUCGUUACUGCUAACUUCUACACUAGCACACUAGUUGCACUUCAACACCUAGCACAGUGGAGUUGUGAUGAGAUGAACAUUGGGUCUCAGUUAGUGGAUGAAUUUUAUUCCAGGACCUUAUUAUUGAUCGUUCCCUUUACUAAUGGAUUUUCAAUAAUACUUCUAGGUUGUCAGUCAAGAAAAAAUUAAUUUUGUGUGGAAUGGGAGAAGUGAUUGCCUAGCUGACAUUACAUGAAAAUUUACUUUAUUGUAAUGAAAAUAUCUUUAAUAUAGUGAAAUAGUAAUUCUAAAAAUGUAGAUGACAAACAUAAGCAUUUUCUUAGCUGUUUGGUUGGCCUUUCCAGUGAACUUAAACUACUUUAUAUUUUAGUAUAAGGUAUAAAAUACUUUAAAAAAAUAAACUUAUUUAACAGAGAUAAUAGACUGAUUUAAGGUUUAAAAUGUUUCUGUCACAGGGAUGAGAUAGAUAAAUGCAGAUACAAACCCACAAAGAUUUUUAAAUAUUAUAUUACUAAAAACUUAAAUCUGAAUAAAGUUUCAAACUAUAUUUUAGCCAAGAGUGCUAUAAAUAGAAAUGUGAGAAUGAUAUUAUUUGCUUUGUUCAUAUAUAGAUGAGGACAGUAAUAUAAUAGAUCAUAGUUUUCAUUGAUAGUACAUCAGAGAAUGUUGAAAAUCAUUUUUAUCCUGUUAAUUUGAAAUUCAAUUAGAGGCUUGGUUGACUAGCUUUGCUUGACAAAUUCUUCACAGUUCAAAUUAACAUCAUAAGAUAUUAGGGAGAAUUGUUUAAAUACUUGGGAAGAGAAGGUCUUCAUUAAUACUUAUAAACAUAGGCAUUUCUCACUUAAACAAAUUAGCAAAAAUCAUUCCCAAGUAAGAACCAUGGUAGAUGGAGGAUAUGUAGUAGUAGAAAGACUUCUCAGUGUAGACUUUUUUUGUAUAUCAUUUUGCUGUUUGAACCAUGCAAACCUGGUAAUAAAAUAUGAAUCUACAGGGUAAUACACACAUAAACGGUAUUUGUGGGGAACAGAUUUUCCUGUAACUUCACAGCCCUAAGUAGGAGCCAUGUAACCGUGGGAGCAGUCCUUUGAAUAUACAAAGUGAAGAGGUAUUUUCUUUAGGUUUUGAGACACUAUUCCCUACUUCAUUUAAGUUUAUCUCUUCUUAACUGAGUAGACUUAAUUCGAAAAGGUUAGUUCAACUAGAAAUAGGACAUGAUUUCGGUUGAAGCCAAAAUAUAUACUAUUAUAGCACUAGUAUUCCACUUGUCUUAUGAAAAACUAGUUACCACUGACAAAUUCUAGAUGAAGUUUCAGGUGUUCUCAUAGCCCAAAACAUGGAGGAAAAUCAACUUUUUUCCCCUUUGCCUAAAUCUUGAGCCCUCAGAACUUCUAACAAAAGGGUUUAUGGAUCCAUUCCUAACAAGUCAGAUUUUUUUUGGCUUCCCUUCAAAGUGAGAUUAUUUAGAUAGCUAACUUCUGAUGGGUACAUACACAUAUUGUGCCUGAGAAUAAGAAUUAAUUUAAGAGCCAGGUAGGAGAUUUAAAGUAGACAGUAGAAUAUAAUUUCCAGGAAAAGACUCAACAUGUACAUCUUCAUAAAAUUUUAUAUUAUUUUCAUUUAUGUUUUAAAGUAAAAGAUGUUCCAUUGACAUAAUGUCUUAGUUAUAAAGGUAAACAAUUGUAUUUUUAAAAUUGUGAUACUACUUUAUGCAGUAUUUAGAAUCAUUUUACUAAAGAAAGUCAUUUACCACCACAGCAGAGAGUAUUAAAAUGUUAGUAAGUCCAAAUGGUUGUUUUGUUUUGUUCUUCUGGAGAAACAUACUUCUAAUAACUAUAGACACAAUUUACUUGUAAUAAAGAACACUAAUGGGGAGGGUAGGAGGUAAUUAACUAGGCCCUUAAUAAUGGGCUUUUCUAGUUCAAGGAAUCUUAUAAUUGCCCCUGAAGCUAGUUGUGAAGGAAGUUGCAAGAUGAAAUAUCUAGAUUUGUGUAGUAGUCAUUACAGGAAAAAUGUUGCCUUCUGGCAAACUUUGGCACCUUUAUUAUGUAAAAUGCCUUUUUAACGAUAAGCAAUAUAGAUUGUCAAAAUUAUUUUGGAGAUGGAAGUCCAGUGCCUCCUGUUUACUCCAGAUUAAAUUAGGAAAUAAGGGCAAGCCUCUCCAGUGAGCACAGUGUUUGCUCUCUUUGGGAGAAAACAGCCUUUUGGCCAAACUUUACACACUUAGGUAGUACUAGUUUGUUAACCUUAAAAAGAUAUUCUCAUGAUUAAUAAGGGAUGAUGAAGUGUGUGGCAGUUUUCCUGAAAAUUACUAUGUUUUAAACGAUUGAAAUGGAAAAGCAUGGGGAAUGUUUUUAUUAAAUCAAUACCAAAAUAUGCAGAUUGAAAUGUAACUUAGAUUACAUAAUUUCUGCAAAUGUUAUCAGCUCCAAACCAGCUUCCUUUAUUGUCAGUGAACCCCAAAUAAUAUUAAUUUCUCUUUUUGGGAUUGCCUGUUUUGUACCAUGCAAGCUACUUGAAAAAUCUGAUCAGUCUGUGCCAGGACUACUGUAGGAAGACAGUUAGUGAAAAUAGCAUGCUUUGCUUCUGUUGAGGGGGACUGUAUGAAAAUAUAUCCUAUUUUCAAAAUGUUUCUGAAAAGACUUAUUUGUGGAAAUGUUCCUUGCUAUUUAAAACUCUUCAAAAAUGCAGGUUUUACAAAAUACAAAAAUAACCUCCUGAAAGUUUGAAAGGGGAGAGGGGGCUGUUGUGUGGGGGCGGUCUCAUUUGCUGCCCACAUCCUCCCUCUGUUCAGUGCGUUGUGUGCUUACGGGUUCCCUGGAGCGGAUCACCAUAUAAUUGAUGUGCAGUCUGCAUUGCUGAAUCCUGGACUGCACCAUUCUGUGUUCAAGGGAAGAUGUAAUCUGAUCCCUCUGCUGCUGAGGGAGGAAUCUGUUCAGUCAAGGCUUUGACAGGGCAUAGUCUCCUCCAAUAAUCUUCUCCGUUCUCUCUCAUUAUUCCCUCGAGUUCUCCUCAGUCAAGCUGCAUGUAUGUAUGUGUGUCCCAAGAAGCGGUUUGAUACUGAGCUGCAUUUGCCUUUACUGUGGAGUUUUGUUGCCGGUUCUGCUUCCUAAUCUUCCUUUUCUGACGUGCCUGAGCAUGUCCACAUUAGAAUCUGUGACAUACCUACCUGAAAAAGGUUUAUAUUGUCAGAGACUGCCAAGCAGCCGGACACACGGGGGCACAGAAUCACUGAAGGGGAAAAAUACAGAAAAUAUGGGUUUCUACGGCACAUUAAAAAUGAUUUUUUACAAAAUGAAAAGAAAGUUGGACCAUGGUUCUGAGGUCCGCUCUUUUUCUUUGGGAAAGAAACCAUGCAAAGUCUCAGAAUAUACAAGUACCACUGGGCUUGUACCAUGUUCAGCAACACCAACAACUUUUGGGGACCUCAGAGCAGCCAAUGGCCAAGGGCAGCAACGACGCCGAAUUACAUCUGUCCAGCCGCCUACAGGCCUCCAGGAAUGGCUGAAAAUGUUUCAGAGCUGGAGUGGACCAGAGAAAUUGCUUGCGUUAGAUGAACUCAUUGAUAGUUGUGAACCAACACAAGUAAAACAUAUGAUGCAAGUGAUAGAACCCCAGUUUCAGCGAGACUUCAUUUCAUUGCUCCCUAAAGAGUUGGCACUUUAUGUGCUUUCAUUCCUGGAACCCAAAGACCUGCUGCAAGCGGCUCAGACGUGUCGCUACUGGAGAAUUUUGGCUGAAGACAACCUUCUCUGGAGAGAAAAAUGCAAAGAAGAGGGGAUUGAUGAACCGUUGCACAUCAAGAGAAGAAAAGUAAUAAAACCAGGUUUCAUACACAGUCCAUGGAAAAGUGCAUACAUCAGACAGCACAGAAUUGAUACUAACUGGAGGCGAGGAGAACUCAAAUCUCCUAAGGUGCUGAAAGGACACGAUGAUCAUGUGAUCACAUGCUUACAGUUUUGUGGUAACCGAAUAGUUAGUGGUUCUGAUGACAACACUUUAAAAGUUUGGUCAGCAGUCACGGGCAAAUGUCUGAGAACAUUAGUGGGACAUACAGGUGGAGUAUGGUCAUCACAAAUGAGAGACAACAUCAUCAUUAGUGGAUCUACAGAUCGGACUCUCAAAGUGUGGAAUGCAGAGACUGGAGAAUGUAUACACACCUUAUAUGGGCAUACUUCCACUGUGCGUUGUAUGCAUCUUCAUGAAAAAAGAGUUGUUAGCGGUUCUCGAGAUGCCACUCUUAGGGUUUGGGAUAUUGAAACAGGCCAGUGUUUACAUGUUUUGAUGGGUCAUGUUGCAGCAGUCCGCUGUGUUCAAUAUGAUGGCAGGAGGGUUGUUAGUGGAGCAUAUGAUUUUAUGGUAAAGGUGUGGGAUCCAGAGACUGAAACCUGUCUACACACGUUGCAGGGGCAUACUAAUAGAGUCUAUUCAUUACAGUUUGAUGGUAUCCAUGUGGUCAGUGGAUCUCUUGAUACAUCAAUCCGAGUUUGGGAUGUGGAGACAGGGAAUUGCAUUCACACGUUAACAGGGCAUCAGUCGUUAACAAGUGGAAUGGAACUCAAAGACAAUAUUCUUGUCUCUGGGAAUGCAGAUUCUACAGUUAAAAUCUGGGAUAUCAAAACAGGACAGUGUUUACAAACGUUGCAAGGUCCCAACAAGCAUCAGAGUGCUGUGACCUGUUUACAGUUCAACAAGAACUUUGUAAUUACCAGCUCAGAUGAUGGAACUGUAAAACUAUGGGACUUGAAAACGGGUGAAUUUAUUCGAAACCUAGUCACAUUGGAGAGUGGGGGGAGUGGGGGAGUUGUGUGGCGGAUCAGAGCCUCAAACACAAAGCUGGUGUGUGCAGUUGGGAGUCGGAAUGGGACUGAAGAAACCAAGCUGCUGGUGCUGGACUUUGAUGUGGACAUGAAGUGAAGAGCAGAAAAGAUGAAUUUGUCCAAUUGUGUAGACAAUAUACUCCCUGCCCUUCCCCCUGCAAAAAAGAAAAAAAGAAAAGAAAAAGAAAAAAAUCCCUUGUUCUCAGUGGUGCAGGAUGUUGGCUUGGGGCAACAGAUUGAAAAGACCUACAGACUAAGAAGGAAAAGAAGAAGAGAUGACAAACCAUAACUGACAAGAGAGGCGUCUGCUGUCUCAUCACAUAAAAGGCUUCACUUUUGACUGAGGGCAGCUUUGCAAAAUGAGACUUUCUAAAUCAAACCAGGUGCAAUUAUUUCUUUAUUUUCUUCUCCAGUGGUCAUUGGGCAGUGUUAAUACUGAAACAUCAUUACAGAUUCUGCUAGCCUGUUCUUUUACCACUGACACCUAGAAAGGAACUGCAAUAACAUCAAAACAUGUACUGGUUGACUUUCUAAUUAGAGAGCAUCUGCAACAAAAAGUCAUUUUUCUGGAGUGGAAAAGCUUAAAAAAAUUACUGUGAAUUGUUUCUGUACAGUUAUCAUGAAAAGCUUUUUUUUUUUUUUUUUUUUUUUUGCCAACCAUUGCCAAUGUCAAUCAAUCACAGUAUUAGCCUCUGUUAAUCUAUUUACUGUUGCUUCCAUAUACAUUCUUCAAUGCAUAUGUUGCUCAAAGGUGGCAAGUUGUCCUGGGUUCUGUGAGUCCUGAGAUGGAUUUAAUUCUUGAUGCUGGUGCUAGAAGUAGGUCUUCAAAUAUGGGAUUGUUGUCCCACCCCUGUACUGUACUCCCAGUGGCCAAACUUAUUUAUGCUGCUAAAUGAAAGAAAGAAAAAAGCAAAUUAUUUUUUUUUUAUUUUUUUUCUGCUGUGACGUUUUAGUCCCAGACUGAAUUCCAAAUUUGCUCUAGUUUGGUUACGGAAAAAAGACUUUUUGCCACUGAAACUUGAGCCAUCUGUGCCUCUAAGAGGCUGAGAAUGGAAGAGUUUCAGAUAAUAAAGAGUGAAGUUUGCCUGCAAGUAAAGAAUUGAGAGUGUGUGCAAAGCUUAUUUUCUUUUAUCUGGGCAAAAAUUAAAACACAUUCCUUGGAACAGAGCUAUUACUUGCCUGUUCUGUGGAGAAACUUUUCUUUUUGAGGGCUGUGGUGAAUGGAUGAACGUACAUCGUAAAACUGACAAAAUAUUUUAAAAAUAUAUAAAACACAAAAUUAAAAAGUUGCUGGUCAGUCUUAGUGUUUUACAGUAUUUGGGAAAACAACUGUUACAGUUUUAUUGCUCUGAGUAACUGACAAAGCAGAAACUAUUCAGUUUUUAUGGUAAAGGCGUCACAUGCAAACAAACAAAAUGAAUGAAAAAGUCAGAUGGUUUGCCUCAUUCUCCAAGAGCCACAACUCAAGCUGAACUGUGAAAGUGGUUUAACACUGUAUCCUAGGUGAUCUUUUUUUCCUCCUUCUGUUUAUUUUUUUUUUGUUUGUUUUAUUUAUAGUCUGAUUUAAAACAAUCAGAUUCAAGUUGGUUAAUUUUAGUUAUGUAACAACCUGACAUGAUGGAGGAAAACAACCUUUAAAGGGAUUGUGUCUAUGGUUUGAUUCACUUAGAAAUUUUAUUUUCUUAUAACUUAAGUGCAAUAAAAUGUGUUUUUUCAUGUUA